GGUGGCGCUAAGGAUGAAGACUACGAUGAUCCACCAGUACAACUGUUGCGCGGUCCACCCGGUCCGCCCGGCAUGCCCGGUAAGGAUGGUCGCGACGGACGUGACGGUGCUAAAGGCGAUGCGGGCGAACCCGGAGAGCCAGGUUCGUUGGGUCCACGUGGUUUGGAUGGGCUACCUGGUGAGCCAGGCAUUGAGGGGCCACCUGGCCUACCUGGUUACCAAGGUCCCCCUGGUGAGAAAGGUGAUCGAGGCGAUAUUGGACCACCCGGUCUAAUGGGUCCACCUGGACUGCCGGGUCCACCUGGUUAUCCGGGUGUGAAGGGUGACAAAGGCGAUCGCGGUGAUUCAUAUAGAAAAAUGCGUCGGCGACAAGAUGAUGGAAUGUCAGAUCAGCCCCAUAUGCCCACCAUUGAAUAUCUUUAUGGUCCACCAGGACCACCCGGUCCAAUGGGUCCUCCUGGUCAACCAGGCAAGCAUGGAGAGCGCGGCAUGGAUGGUCGCAAAGGUGAUACGGGAGAGAAAGGCCAAAAAGGUGACCAGGGACCAAUGGGUUUACCG